CCCCCUUCCCUGAAAAUCCGUCGCCAUGAUGGUCCGUUGUAGAAAGCGGACUCCGCUUCGUCGGACGACCAUCACAGACAAAUCGGGCGACGUGCAAGCGGAUCCGUCGAGACCCGUGCUCUGUGAGGUUCGGGGUGAGGCAGAGCCUGUGGAAAGGGCCACGGUAUGGCGGCCAGGGCAUGUGGUCCACCUGCGGAUAUUUCUCGAGAGUGUCGUCAGCUCAUCGCCUCGUACCCGUGCUGCUGAGAAAGACAUUGAAAGACAACUGACAGCCCUCCCUUUCAUGCCUCAUUCCUGCCAAACUCCCCUCCUAGAUCUCCCCUCCCACCCCCCAGCGGCUGUAUAUCUGGUGAAGUGUUACAAGGCGUGCUACCCUUGUAUCUCUUCCUUCCGAUCCCUUUGGUGUCACGACUUCGCCUGGGCUUCAAUCCCAGGAGGCUCCGCGUGCUGCACAGCCGCACUUCAGCAAGUUACAUUUGUGCCGCACUCCAAAGCCCGGAGUUCUCUCGGAGCUCCAAGGGUGCAACUGACUCAAGAGUGUAACCCUAUUGGUUACGGUAUGGCGCUGCACAGUCAUUGGGCAAAGGAGAUGGUGAGAAAUCACGCCUUCAGAGUUUCACUAACAAAGAAACGAAGCCGUGAUGAUAAUCAUGGCGAUACCAACAGUGACGGUGCUGCAAGCGGCAAUGCAUGCAGCCAAGAUGCGCGCAGGCGCAGGAUCCACCGCUCCUGUGCUUCAACUCCUGCAGCAGCGGUCCCGCCAGCCAUGCUGCUUGCAGCAUCUGCUGACAAGACAAGUCUCUCUGCUGACGUACUCAGCACAGAGAUCACUCGGCACCAGCAUGGGAGCUUCUCGAUUCCAACCGGGUCAGCAGGUCGGCAGCACCAAGACGACCCGAGCCCCAAUCGACGCUUUCCUCAGAGCCCGCCUUUUCAAAGAGCUGUUAGCGCCCCGGAACAACAGAGUUGUGUCGGAAUCGUCUCUAAGUGCAGCAGCACGCGGCUGAGUUGGGCGGAUUACUUUAGAAGCAAGGAGAGGCUGGGAAUAGCGGUGCUGUCUGCGGAGCCACUUCAAACCCAGGGUGCAGCAAUUCGCUGUGACGAAGCAUGCAAUGUGCGCACAGCAACAUCAAUGGAGGGAUGGGCAUGCUGGGGAAAGCCACUUGGUGCUCGAGCCAUCAUCCCUGACCUGAACCUUCCUGCCUGCGAGGCUGAUGGCUUGACAUGCUGCCCGGCCGUCGGAUUCACGCAUGCAAGACAUUUCUCAGACACCACGCCGUCUCGUUCAUCUGGAGUACAUACAGCUGAGCUUCGAGGAACUAAGUUGGGCGAGUUGCACUUGAUUGAACCCGUGGAAGCAGCAGCAGCAGCAGCCGCAACUAAAGAAACAGCACCAGCAAAAGCAGCAGCAGGCGAAGCAAGAGCAGCGAGAACAACUGCGCUGCCAGUGGAAUGAUUGCUUGGAUACUGAGAGGAGAAUGUUGAUAAGGGAAAUUAUGAAUUUUAGGAGAACGGACAUCCCCUUGCUCUCGUAAAGCAUGCAUUGGCAAUAGUUUUUGUGCAUUUCCGUGUGCAUUUGCUUCUAGAGUGGCUUGAUUGAGCCUCUAAUAAAAAUGAAGGUAUAUG